GUUAGCAAACCGUUUCAGCAUGGAGGAGCUCAUGUACGAAGCAGCCGACGAGAUUAUGUCAAACGGAAGGGAUGAACAGUCGCUUGAUGUGGACGGUAACUCCAAAUCGAGAUCAAAUACUAGAAUAUCGCCAAGUUUCUUGGUAGAUGAUGACGAAGUCUCUUCAGUUGAGGUAAUGCGGAAGACUAUACUCUGUUCUAUACAGAACAGACGGACAAAACUGAAUUUGUAUGAAGAUCGCCAACGUGCCAAAUUGGAAGAAUUCGGCCCUCCCAGUCCGAAAAUUGAAGUGAAGAGCUUUGAUGAUAAACUAAAAGAUUCAUUUGUGAGAAGACAAACGGAAGACGAAGAUCAGAAGAAAAAUGAAGAGACUCCUGCAAGUUGUGAUGAGUCGGACUCACCUUCAACGCCAAACGUUACGCAUCAGUCUCAACUCCAAAAUUUGUUCAUCAGUUUCAAAAAUAAAAUUACAAAUCAAGAACCGAAAACAGAAGAAGUAAAAGAGAAUGUUUUUCUCGAUUCAAAGAGCAAAGAGAUCGUUGAAAAUAGUCUUAAGCUGGCUCGGCGUACUUCAACGGAGAACAUAUUUGAAAACUGCUCUACAUACAACAUGGUUUACCCAGAAAUAAUUCUUCCUAGGAAGAAUUCCCUUGAAAAACCUUCCUCUUUUAGCUCAUCGUCUUCAAAUACGCAUUUUCAUGAAACGCGUGAAAUUAAAGAGAGCAACGAGCCAAGUAAUGGUUUGAUCGAAAGAAGCAAUUCCAGUGGAGACCUUGUUACUCUUAACGACACAUUCUUUUCUCAUAUAAUGAACGGAAAUUAUGUUCCGCCAACAGAAUCUCCAAAGUCCGAACGGAACAAUUCAACCCGCUGCCAAGAAACAAAUGACACUAUUGUUGAACGUAGUUCUAUCAGUACAUACUCUCUAUCUUACCAAACAAAUACCACUGACAAGAAUUCCAACUCGCAAAGUAAGAAUGGCAUAUCUUCUGGGAAAUCACAUCACAAAAAUCGCAAGAAAAACAAGAAGAAUAAAUCAAACGAUCCACCCUUGUUUGAAUGUCCCAAGUGCGGCGUUUCCUACCAUAUAACUUCUAGCAAAGCACUGGACAUGGCUCGGUGUUUGCACUGUGAUUUCUGGACAUCUGUCGAACCUGUGUUCUUGAAACGCGAAAAACAAACAUGGAAUACCUGUCGUAUAUGUUAGUCGAAAGAAAACAUCAAAUCUUGCUGUUGUUGUCCAGUCCCACAGCUGUGAAAAAGAAAGGUGUAUUCCCUCAGAAAGAGGAACUACUUAUAAUAAGGCAACGCACCAGUGGCACACAGGUUCCAAGAAUGUUCCAAGGAGGAAGUCCCAGGGUCGAAAGCCAACCAGCAUUCUUGUAUCAUAACACUAUAAUGCGCCACAAAUUGUAAUCUUUUAAUUGUAUCGGUUUUUAGGAACCAAAAUUGUUUUUUUCUUUUUUUUUUAAUAGAAUUUUGGGUACGAAACAUUUUUAAAACUGCUCAGAUGUUAAUAAAAAGGACCAAAUCUGCCAGGAAUAAAGUACUUAAAUGGCAUAAAUUAAUCUAAUUGGUUUCGUAAGCAAUGAAAGGAAGUAUAUAUCGAAUAUUUAAUUUUAAAAAUGAUUUAUGAAUUGAAAAGACAACUGCAAUUGUCUACCCUUUACUCAGAAAAUAUUAGAACCCAAUGCGAAUGGAUAAUAUUGUGUUGUAGGUUUAGUGGGGAGGGGGGAGGGGUGUGUCAUGACUCUCAUGACCCUUGCCUUAUCCAACCCUGGUUUUGAUGCUAUCUCUGAUGACAGUCAGAUUCUUCUGGGGUCACCUCCACUUUACCAUCUACCCCUGUGGUUUCCAAAUUUUUUUUUAUCCCUGCGCCAUCUUUUUUGUACAAAAAGUGUUCUGCUAACCCUUCAAUUUCUGUAAACAUAUGAUUUCAUAAAUGCUAUCGUGGUUUAAAUAAAUUAUUUUAAAUAUUUUAAAUAAAUUGGAUUUUAUGCACCAAAACAUAUUUAUUAUUUAAUUGUAAUGUGGAGUGUUGAUAGUUUUACUAUAUUUAAUGAACCACACAACAUUAUAGAAAAAUAAAACCAUAUUAAUGGAUAAUUAAUGCCAAAUUAGCACGAGGAAUGCACUAAUUUUAAAUGCAAGUUUUCUCAAACCGUGGUGUCAUCGAAGAUGUAUAGCUGGUCCUAUAGUGUUUUGCGCUCAAAUAACCAUAUCAUAGCGUUGACGAUAAUUUUGAUACCAGUUGCAUGCCUGGUAAGGGAUUCCUUACAGUAACAAAAUGCUCAAGUCCCGACAACGAUUAUCGAAGACACUGGGAACGUAAAUAUUUUGAUGUCCACCUCCCGCCUUCGCUUAUUCUACUUACCGCUUAUUCGUCAUAUUAAAGGCCAAUUUUAUUCUAGUUUCAUACGAGAAAUGUUUUUAAAAGAAUUGAAAGUUUACGAAUAUUGUUUCCCUGUAUAUUAUGUAUUCUUUUUAACAGAACAAUUCGUUUCUAAAAUUGUUGUUCUUUUGUUAAAUCACAUAAGGGUACAUUCAUAAACAAAUUUCUUAUUAACUUAUUCAGUAUGUAUUUAAGAUAUAUAAAUGAAAAGAAAAUAAUUACAAGCAACUCAACUAGCAGCAUAAUUAUAACUUUACAGUAGAUCUCUCUCUGUAAUCAACAGUCAUUUUCUUCAUCCUCGUGUAUUAUGUCGCCUAAGUUUAGUACUUCUCAGGGUUUGAAAAUAUCAUGAUAUUUUCCGAAAUGUCGAAAAUAUCCGAUAUUUUGAUGUGUGUGAUGUGUAUCCGAUAUUUUUAAUCAGCACAAACUUAAGUGGAGAAGGAGAAGAUCAGCAGCAAGGUGGCUGGACUGUGUUGAGAAUAACCGGGAAAUUUUGGGAGUGAACAGGUGGAGAAACCUGGCAGUGUGUCGUACCGCCUGGAGAAGCAAACGGAGAAAGCCUUGGCCUGCACCAGAGGCUGUUGUGCUGAUGAAGAAGAAGACAAACUUAAGUCUUUAAAAUAGUAAAUGGAUCCUCAAAUCGCUCUUUGAUUAUUAUUACAAUAUGUAGACUUAAAAUUAAGGUUUCUUUCAUUAUUUAUAUUUAAUAUUUCAUUUUACGGUUUUAUCAAUUUUAAUGAAGUUAAUUUAGCAUUAGCUGUUUUACUCAUUUUUUUUCUAUUAGCUACUUUUACACAGUUAUAUAAUUCAGAAAUAAAAAAUAUGCAUCUGUCACUGCACAGUCAUAAGAAAUUUUUUUUUCUCUGACCAACAUGUAAUAUUUAAUUAGGCACUUUUAGUAUAAUUAAAAUUGCAACCUUACUGAUAAUUUUAUGAAUAUAGAACAAAAAAGAAUUACUUUGCUGCAUUAAUGAAGUAUUAAUACACCUUAGAAAUAUAGUACAUAACUUUUUGGUUAUUUUUAAUAAUAAAUGAACAACAUUAGUAUGAUUAAUAUGAUUGUUACAUUGAAAAUACCGUUGUUGAAAAAAUAGAUAUCGAAAAUAUCAAAAUAUCAUGACAUUUAAUAUGAUCAUUAAAAUAAAUAUCGGAUAUAUAUCGUAAUAUAUAUCAUGAUAUAUAUCGACUGAUACUCGUAUAUCGGCGAACCCUGGUACUUCUGAUUCAUCUUCAUCUUCAAACUUAUCUAGUGUAAAGUAGUGAUGUGCCGGAUCGUUAAAAAAUUAGAUCAGCGGAUACGGAUCUCAAAAAUUUUUUUUCCCAAUUCCACUAUCCAAGUGUAAAAUUUGUUACGGAAAUUAUUCCCGUCAGAAGAAUGGCAGUUUCUUCAAAAAAUGUCAACUGCGGCAAAAAUAUAAUCAAGACUAUGAUUUACUCUUUAAAGAAAUCUCCGUUAAAAUUGAGGAAGAGUUGGAAGGAAUGAGUCAACGCUGCAUUAAUUCUUAGAUGGAAUGUGAAAAAUUAUUUCUAGCUUACUCGGUAGAUGAAGGAUAUAGGAGCCCACUUUUUCUUUUCCAAAAACAUUUAGCUGUUUUUUUCUUCCGGGAACUGUUUAAGGAAUUUUCAAAUUUCCCCCUGAAAUUUUUGUUUCCCCAGAAAAAAAGCUAUUGAUGCUUUGGGGCUGAGGUAUAUAUAUAAAUUACUCUUUUUCUC